AUGGCGAUACUCAAACCUUUGUUCAUUUUCUCUCUUUUCCUUGCCUUCACCUCCUUCUCUCUUGCUGAGGAGGCCGGCGACUAUGUUAGCUAUCAGGGUGACCCUCAACAGCAGUACCAGCAAUGCCUGCGACACUGCCAGCAGCAGAUGCCGCGGGGUAUGGAGCAGCAGCAAUGUCAGCAAGAAUGCCGAGAGCAGAUGCAGGAGCAGCAGCAGCAGCAGGGAGGCCGCGGCGGACGCGGACAACAAGGUGAACAGAGAUAUGAGCAGUGCCUGCGAAGGUGUGACCAACAGAAAUCCUACCGCGGACAAGGGGUUCAACAAUGUCGUCAACAAUGCGGGCAGCAAUUGAGCCACCAAGAGCGCCAACAAAUAUGCCAACAGCGUUGUGAGAGGCAACAGAGAGGCGAUUGGCAACAGCAACAACAGUGCCAAUCAAGGUGCCAGCAGCAGUUGAUGCAAGGAAGAGAAAUCGAGCAGAUUAAUCCAACUAGAGAUCCUGAACAGCGAUUUGAGCAAUGCCAGCAGAGAUGUCAAUCUAGGCAACAAGGACAAGGUCAACAACAACAAUGUCGUCGACAAUGUGCUCAACAAUUGAGCCAACACGAGCGUCAGCAAAUAUGCCAGAACCGCUGCCAGAUGCAAGGAGGUGGGGAUUGGCAACAACAACAACAGUGCCAAAGAAGGUGCGAGCAACAACUAGAACAAGGAGAGCAGUUCAUGGACUUGUAUUCGAGAGAUCCGGAGCAGAGAUUGGAGCAAUGCCAGCAAAGCUGCCAAUCCAGGCAACAAGGACAAGGCCAACAACAGCAAUGUCGUCGACAGUGCGCACAACAACUGAGCCAACGUGAGCGUCAGCAGAUAUGCCAACAUCGUUGCCAGUCGCAGCAAGGUGGACAAGAAUGCCAAAGACAGUGCGAGCAACAACUACAACAAGGAGAAGAAUACAUAGACUUGUACUCAAGAGAUCCGGAGCAGAGAUUGGAGCAAUGCCAGCAGAGCUGCCAAUCCAGGCAACAAGGACAGGGCCAACAACAGCAAUGCCGUAGACAGUGCGCACAACAACUGAGCCAACGCGAGCGUCAGCAUAUUUGCCAGCGUCGUUGCCAGUCGCAACAAGGUGGACAACAAUGCGAAAGACAGUGCGAGCAACAACUACAACAAGGAGAAGAAUACAUAGACUUGUACUCAAGAGAUCCCGAGCAGAGAUUUGAGCAAUGCCAGCAAAGCUGCCAAUCCAGGCAACAAGGACAAGGCCAACAACAGCAAUGCCGCCGACAGUGCGCACAACAACUGAGCCAACGCGAGCGUCAGCAGAUUUGCCAGCGUCGUUGCCAGUCGCAACAAGGUGGACAACAAUGCCAAAGAAGGUGCGAGCAACAACUAGAACAAGGAGAAGAGUACAUAGACUUGUACUCAAGAGAUCCGGAGAAGAAAUUUGAGCAAUGCCAGCAAAGCUGCCAGUCUAGGCAACAAGGACAGGGCCAACAACAACAAUGUCGGCGACAGUGCGCACAACAAUUGAGCCAACAUGAGCGUCAGCAGAUUUGCCAACAGCGCUGCCAGAGGCAACAAGGAGGGCAACGAGGAGGGGAUUGGCAACAACAACAACAAUGCCAAAGGAGGUGCGAACAACAGCUACAACAAGGAGAACGGAUUCAGAGCCUACCCUUAUCUUCAAUAUUGGACUUUGUUGGCUUUUAA